UCAUUAUUAUAUGGGAAAGCGCAUACUUCUCAUCUGGAUGAUUUGGCCGAUGCAGCGGCGGCAGCAGCAGCUGCUGCUGCUGCGACAACGGCGGUUUCUCAGGGUAGUAGAUCUGUUGAAAGUAGAACCAGGCUGCUGUACCAUCGCCAGUCGGAGCAGUCCCUUCAGCGUAUUGUAAAAGAGCGCAGUGAUCUGUUUUCUGGUAAGCAAAGCGGCGAUGGUUCGUCACGAAGCCAGUCCAUCUUCGAUUUCUCGUCUGGUGGCCAUCAAAAGUCGAAAAUACCGACGGGAAAAGAUCUCAAAUAUCUGUGA